AUAGAGAAUCUGUUGUUGAAAUGUGUUUUACAGAGUUUAACAGUGUGACCUUGAUGGGUUGUGCAGUGGUUUAUACUUUAUAUCACAGCACUUUUUUUUAUCGAUAUUUUCAUGCGAUGAUUUUUCGUCGACGUCACUUCUAGAGAAAAUCGUAAUCGGCGUUAAUUGUGAUUCGGCAUAAGUACACAAAACAAUACAAUUGUUCGAGACGGUUUUCCGAGUGCGUGCUCAAAGUAAACAAUCAUGGAUGAGGAAUACGAUUGCAUUGUGUUGGGUACCGGACUGAAAGAAUGCAUUUUAUCUGGUAUGUUGUCCGUUUCUGGUAAGAAAGUAUUGCACGUAGACCGUAAUAAGUAUUAUGGUGGCGAGUCAGCGUCGAUAACGCCGUUGCCAGAGUUGUUCCAGAAAUUCAACGUAAAAGAACCCGAUGAAAAAGAAUAUGGACGUGGACGCGAUUGGAACGUAGACUUGGUGCCCAAAUUUUUAAUGGCCAACGGCCUGCUUGUCAAAUUACUCAUCCAUACAGGUGUGACGCGUUAUCUCGAGUUCAAAUCGGUUGAGGGCAGUUACGUGUACAAAGGUGGUAAAAUCUAUAAAGUGCCAGUUGACCAGAAAGAAGCUCUUUCCUCGGACUUGAUGGGCAUUUUCGAAAAGCGUAGAUUUAGAAAUUUCUUGAUAUUUGUACAAGACUUCCAAGAAAAUGACCCGAAAACAUGGAAGGACGUUGACCCACACCGUAUGUCAGCUUAUCAACUGUACACGAAAUUUGGCUUGGACAAGAAUACUCAAGACUUUACCGGGCACGCUUUAGCUCUCUAUUUAAAUGACGAUUACAUUAAUGAACCAGCGGCUAAAUUAAUUAGCCGUAUAAAGUUGUACAGUGAUUCAUUGGCUCGUUAUGGAAAAAGUCCUUACUUGUAUCCUUUGUAUGGACUUGGAGAAUUGCCUCAAGGUUUUGCUAGACUCAGUGCCAUUUACGGUGGUACAUAUAUGUUGAACACUCCUGUUGAUGAAAUUGUUUUUGAAGGAUCGAGUGUUGUUGGCGUUAAAAGUGGAGGUGUGGUAGCUAAAUGUAAACAAGUAUUCUGUGAUCCAUCAUACGUAAAAGAUCGUACAAAGAAAACUGGGCAAGUGAUUCGAUGUAUUUGCUUGUUAAAUCAUCCAAUACCUAAUACUCGUGAUGCCCUUUCUACACAAAUAAUUAUACCUCAAAAUCAAGUAAAUCGCAAGUCAGAUAUUUACGUUUCGUUGGUUAGCAAUACCCAUCAGGUAUGCUCUCAAGGAUGGUUUACUGCCAUGGUGUCAACAAAAGUAGAAACUAGUAACCCGGAACUAGAAAUAAAGCCCGGUCUAGAUCUGCUGGGUCCUGUCAAACAAAAAUUUGUAUCCAUUUCAGACUUCUAUGAGCCAAUUGAUGAUGGAAAAGAGAGUAAUAUAUUUAUCUCAACAUCGUAUGAUGCUACAUCUCAUUUUGAAACUACUUGCUUGGAUGUUUUGGAUAUUUAUAAACGAGCGACUGGGGAAGAGUUUGAUUUUUCAAAAAUCAAGUUGGAAACUGAUGAUGCUUAAAAAGUAAUAACCUAUAAAACGUUUAUCAAGUAUAAUAUUUUUUUUUGUAUUGUUUUUUAAAGAGACAUUGUUUCAUAUUAGUCAUAUAAAAACGUGAAUAUACUGCUGUCAUUUCGUGCAUUUUUUUAAAAAAUUUUAUUUGGUUGCAGUCUAUACUUAAGAUAAGAAUAUUUUAGGAUUACUUUAUUUAAUUUUAACUAAAUCUCCAUCAUUGAAAACAAUAUAAUAUAUUUCAAAUAAUAUUUAAAAAUAUUGUCAUUUUACCUAAUGAAAAUA